GCGAUACUCCCGGCAGAAUCAGGAUCCUGUCAAUCAUGCUCCGUAUCGCCGCUCUCCUGGCCGCGCUUUGCGCUGUAGCCCAAUGCUGCCCCACCAUCCUCACUAAAGCCCAAUGGGGAGGACGUGCCCCAACCUGCCGCACCGCCAUGGCCACUCCCGUCACCUACGUCAUCGUUCACCACACCGCCGGGGCCUCCUGCUCCAGCCAGUCCACUUGUAUCACCCAGACUAAGAAUAUCCAAAACUACCACAUGAACAGCAACGGCUGGUGUGACAUCGGAUACAGCUUCCUGGUUGGAGGAGACGGCAGCAUAUUCGAGGGUCGUGGCUGGACCUCAGUGGGUGCUCAUGCCCCCAACUACAACUCCAACUCCAUUGGCAUCAACCUGAUUGGAACAUUCACAAGCACUAACCCCACCACCGCCGCCCAGAAUGCCGCCAAGAAUCUCAUCAGCUGUGGAGUCACCAGAGGUUACAUCAAGUCUGCUUACAUCCUGAAGGGACAUCGCAAUGUCACCGCCACCGAGUGCCCCGGAAACACCUUCUACAACACUCUGAAGACCUGGCCCCGCUUCCAGGCCUAGAAGAUCCCACCAAGGUCCAAUGAUGAAGAAGCCACGUGGAGACCAGAAUGGAGGGGGGGGGGGGAGAGGAGGGAUACAUUCUGGACACUCGCCUGUUAUAUAUGAUGUAUGGGUUCCACGGGACCAUGAGUACCCCUUCUGAGGGAUAGAAAAAUUUGUCAGUAAUAAAAUGUUGGUGAAAAAUGA